CUCCCCUUACGGGAUACAAGUACGUGAUGAGGAAAGGCGUUCCUUCUUUGCUGCGUUUACUGCGAGAAUGAAGACCAUUCUCAGCAAUCAGACUGUCGACAUUCCAGAAAAUGUCGACAUUACUCUGAAGGGACGCACAGUUCUCGUGAAGGGCCCCAGAGGAACCCUGCGGAGGGACUUCAAUCACAUCAAUGUAGAACUCAGUCUUCUUGGAAAGAAAAAAAAGAGGCUCCGGGUUGACAAAUGGUGGGGUAACCGAAAGGAACUUGCUACCGUUCGGACUAUUUGUAGUCAUGUACAGAACAUGAUCAAGGGUGUUACGCUGGGCUUCCGUUACAAGAUGAGGUCUGUGUAUGCUCACUUCCCCAUCAACGUCGUUAUCCAGGAAAAUGGGUCUCUUGUUGAAAUCCGAAAUUUCUUAGGUGAAAAAUACAUCCGCAGGGUUCGAAUGAGACCAGGUAUGUGCAUACCCUCAGAUGGAAUUGAAACAUUUUCCUUCAUAUUUUUUUCUCCUCCUCCAUUUCCAGCCUCCUUCAUACUUCCAUUGGCUGGUGUUCUGUGUUUGUGUAUUAAUUGCUUUAUCUUCAUUGCUGUAGCGGCUUUGAUUCAGCAAGCAACAACAGUUAAAAACAAGGAUAUCCGGAAAUUUUUGGAUGGUAUCUAUGUCUCUGAAAAAGGAACUGUUCAGCAGGCUGAUGAGUAAGACCUUAGAGUUGUCCAGCUACAGAAACACAAGAUGCCUAUCAUAGCUAAGACCUACUUGUGAUACUUAAAUGAUGCAAUAAAAGACCUAUUAAUUUGGAACUUUUUCUUAAACCA